AUGGCGCCUCUUGCUCAUGACCCUUCGGGCUAUCUCAUGGAGCCGCCAGAGGGACAAACGAGAACUCUUGUUAACCCGCCGAGCAGUGGGAGCGGAGUUAUUCCUUGUGGUGUUACGACGACGAUCAUUGCUUCGAUUAUUGUUAUCUUGAGGGUCUUUACGAGGAGAUAUGUGGUUAAGAGUGUGUUGGGCGCUGAUGACUUUCUCAACCUUGGUGCUGGAAACCACAUGUGGGAUAUCCCAGUAGCCGAAUACGUUCCCAAGUUCUGGCAGACCAGCAUCGGAGCCACACUCACAUACGCUGCCAGCAUCAGUCUCGCCAAACUCUCUGUCCUCAGCUUCUAUCUUCGAAUCUCUCCUGAUAGAUUCGUCCGUCGAGCCGUCCAUGUCUUGAUGGCUCUCGUCUGCUCAUACACUUUCGUCUACGUCUGCCUCGUCGUGUUCCGAUGCCAGCCUGUAUCCGCAGGAUGGGACCUCACCAUCGAAGGAAAGUGUAUUGGCAUGGAUGUUCUAGUUAUCUUCCUGGCCAUCUGCAGUGUCGUCAUCGAUACUUUCGUUCUUUUGCUUCCGAUCCGCAUCGUCCAGCCUCUUCAGAUUCCAACUCGCCAAAAGAUCUCACUUGCUGUUCUCUUUGCCACUGGAGGCGUCAUCAUUGUCGUCACAAUCAGGAGGGCUACCAUCACUCUUCCCAUCUUGGAGGCACCCGACUAUACCUGGGCUCUUCCACGACAGCUUAUCUUGAGUUUCAUCGAGGUCAACACUAGCCUCGUCUGUGUUUCUGUCACAGCUCUCAAACCAUUCUGUGUUCGAUAUAUCCCCUUCCUCAUCCACCCUCGCUUUCACUCGCAGGAGAAGAACUCAAAGAAGUCCAACUCGCACAGUCAAGAGAAGAGAAAGAGUCAUACCCUCGACAACGAUUCAUACGAGAUGCCUCAUAGACGAGACUUCAGUGGCGAGAACCCUCAAGAAGAUGAAACACGUCUUUGUCCCGCGAUACCAGAGAACAAUGCCGCUCUGGAGUCAGACGGUGCAAUAGACACCGAGAGCGUUGAUAGCUCAGCCGAUCAAGUACCCCCAGUAGCCGCCAAGCCAAAACCUGCUCUAGCCAGUUUCUCUACCAAGCGCAGCCAGAGCGUUAAUGGCAUUCAAGUCACCCGGGAAACAGUCAUUACCUACGGACCCAAAGAUUAA